AUGCCUCCACGCACAAGACCAACAGAGAAUGUAUGGAAAUAUCCAAGACCACCAGCAUUACAACAAACAAGCGCACAUUUACGUGUGGUUUGGAAGUAUGCAAAAUCAGGUGAAGAAGUGGUGAUUGCUGAUACAAAAAGAGGUUAUCGUGUUUUGGAAACAAGUCAUCCUCCGACCUAUUAUUUCCCACCAGAAGAUGUGAAAAUGUCAUUGUUGAAGAACAGCGCAGCAAGAAGGACCAUGUGCGAAUGGAAAGGAAUGGCACUUUAUCACGAUUUUGCUCCUCAACAGGAACCACUUGCAAAGGCUAGGAUAUGGUCAUAUCCAUCACCUACUCCCUCUUUCACACAGAUCAAGGACUAUCUAUGCUUCUAUGCCUCUAGUAGUACCAAUCCGAACACGAUUGGAGGAUGGACAUGCUACGUCGAUGAUGAUACCGUUCAAGCUCAAGAAGGAGAUUUCUAUGGUUCAUGGAUCACGCCUGAGAUCACAGGAGGCGAUAGAGGAUUCAAAGGCGGAGCUGGAACAUGGGGAUGGUGA